GUUGAACAAUUAUAACAGUACCAAGUAAGUUUGCUCCAAUUGCAUUUGAUGCAGAAGGCACAACACCGCCAUCAUGCGUCAGGUUCAGUAGAAGGCACGACACCGCCACGCUCUCCUCCACUACAACGCCACCCACCCGGUUGCUCCGAUGAGGACAAGCUGCUUCUGCAGGUGGACGGGCCCUCAAGGCUGCUCUGCCUAUUCCUCCUGCUACCCCCACACGUGCGAACACAAAGUCGUCGAUGCAUUGAGGGCUCAAUGUCGUCUCCGCCGGCUGAGCGGCAAGCCGGGGUUGGGCCUGCACACCGUCUAUCAGCACCCUCCUGCGUCUCCAUUCACGGAUCUGCAUAUCAACCCCUCUUCUCCUCCUAUCCACGCAUCUUCUUUUCCAGAGCUAGGUGUAUGGUUGCAUGGCAAUUUGUGUUUUGGGGCUCACCAUGUUCUGCUUGCCCUGGUUGGCCAAUGAGGCUUUCCUUUUCUGGUAAAGGCCAAAUGUACUAUUCUCUAUGCUGUAUAUUUUUGUAGUUCCUUUGUUUCCAUGCUUGUUUUUUGAUGGGGUGUAAAUAUAUGCUUUUUUGUUCC